UCAGCAACACUGCCAAGUCCCUCUAGUACCUCUACAUGAAAAACACACCAGUCAAUCCAUUAUAUAUAAUCCAAAUACAGAACAGAAUUUACACCUCCCAAAUACCAUAGUUCUUGACAAUCCACGUCUAUCAACAACUCGCUCGGUGUGCGGUGUACUUCUACGUACAGAGUACAGGCAGGGGAUUAAGUUGGAGCUUGUCGCUCGUCUAUCAUACCCUGCAUGCGCGUUACCCCGACUAGCUCAUAACUAUGGCAACCUCGUCGUCGUUUCUGGGUCUGGAAGGUCUGCAUGUUUUUGUUACCGGUGCCGCGGGGGUAACGGGAGGGAGGCUUGUGGGGGAGUUUCUGGGCCAUGGUUGUAAAGUGACAGCCCAUGAUCUUCAUUCACACAUCCCAGACUCAGUCACAAAUUCAGACGGCUACUCGCGUCUGAAUAUCGUGACAGGCGCUGCUACGGACGAACAAGCCAUCCAAUCCAGCAUCUCCCAAGCUACCAAACGCUUUGGUCCCAUCAAUAUCCUAAUCGCCAGCACGAACGCCAUUGUGGAAUUCCCCGUUUGGGACAUGUCCCUGGAUGCCUGGGAGAAGACGUACCAGGCUAAUGCCCGGGUAACGUUCUUGACUAUUAAGCAUUUCCUGUGCGCCGCGAAAACUGCACAGAAGUCUCUUGGCAAAGAACUGGAUAAUUUGGCUAUUGUCGUGACUGGUUCUGAAAUAAGCAAUGGUUUGAUCCAACACGUAAAGAAUGAUAUUUCUCAGUUGAAUAGCAACGCUACGAUCAAUGCUGUUGCAUUGGAUGGUCCAGAAUCCACCAAACCAGAAGCCAUAGCGCGCACCACAGCCUUUCUAUCCUCGCACCGCGCAGCCGGACACAUUUCCGGCCAAUUUCUCACAAGCACAGAAAACCUACCCCAACAAAACACCCCCUCCGCACCCAAAGAAACACACUCCUCAAUCCCCCCAGCCCUAACAAAACGCAACAAAAUCCGUAUCGCCAUCUCCAUCGACCUCGAUGCCGUUUCCGGUUGGCUAGGAACUGGCUACCAUCCCGACAACGUCCUAGCUGACUACUCAGCAGGCUUCUUCGCCGCCAAAGUCGGCGUCCCACGCCUCGUCCGCAUGCUCCAGAAACUCCACCUCGUAGACCGCUGCACAUGGUUCAUCCCAGGACACUCCGCAGAAAGUUUCCCCGACGAAGUCGACCAGGUUGUCAAAAGCGGUGCUGAGAUCGGACUCCACGGCUACGCACACGAAGGCGCAUACCAACUCACCAUCGAGCAGGAGCGAGACAUCCUGGUAAAAUGCAUCGCCAUCGCCACUAAACUCACCGGCAAGAGGCCAGUAGGCUACAGAGCACCCCUCUACCAACUCCGCGAAUCAACCCUCGACCUUCUCGAGGAACACAACUUCGAAUACGACGCCUCCCUAACAGACCACGACUGCCACCCAUUCUUCGCACCCCGCCGUCCGCCCCUAAAGCCAAUCGACUAUUCCCUGGCCGCAUCUUCCUGGAUGCACCCCGUCCCUUCUCCCUCCCCUUCCGAAAAGCCAGACAGACGGCCAUUAGUCUGCAUCCCCUGCAACUACUACAUGGAAGAUAUGACACCGAUGCAAUUCCUGCCACACGUGCACAAUUCGCAAGGGUACACUGAUACGCGGCUGAUUGAGAAUAUGUGGAAGGAUCGGUUUCUGUGGAUCAGGGAAAAUGAGGAGGAGCCUGUAUUCCCGGUGCUGAUGCAUCCAGAUACUAGUGGGAUGGCGCAUGUUAUUGGGAUGAUGGAGAGGUUUUUAGGAUGGUUGAGGGGGUGGGAGGGGGCUGGGGAGGUGGAGUUUUGUCAGUCCGGGGAGGUUGCGAGGUGGUGGAGGGAGAAGCAGCUUUCUACGAGUAGUGCUUAGUACUUUGAUAUAGUGUCUACUGAAGUGGUGUUGUGGAUAUAUAUUUUUAAGGUUGAAUAUAUUAAAGGUUGUUAUAUAAAACUAGAUAAGUAUCAACAUAAGAAGC